AUGAACCAGUGGCGCGCUCAGUCUGGACGCACCUUCCGUUCACCGUCGCAGCAGCGUCAGUCUGUUGCCGAAGAAAUCGUACAUUCUCCGGUGGACGACACACGUCUCCUUCAGUCGCCUGCAGGUACUGCUGUGCCAGAAGAGGACACCACAUCUGGAGCUACACGCUCUCUAACAGAGUCCUCCACCUCCGAAUCCAUCGCAUCUGAUUCUAGUCAUCCGGAACCACAAAGACGUUGGCCGUCAUUCCCAAAAUUGCCAACGUUAUCACCUCUUGCUCGCAACAUCCUCAAAUGCUCCAUCGCAUAUUUCAUAGCAUCCCUAUUCACCUUUUCACCGUAUCUUUCGAUGUUCAUUGCCGAUCUCACCAACUAUGGCUCGGGCGAGUCAACGCCCUCACCUUCCGGCCAUAUGGUAGCCACAGUUGCCGUAUAUUACAAUCCCGCAAAAACGCUCGGCGCCAUGGUGGAAGCUGACUUGUACUGCACGAUGGGCCUCCUCUUCGCAGCAUUCGUCUCCCUGGGCAGUAUGACUAUGUUUUGGUUCUUUGAAGUACGCCGAGGCUGGGAAUGGCUAGCGGAUUCUCUGGUUUUGCUAUGGAUCGGACUAGGCAUGUCGGGUGUAGCAUGGAUGAAGCUAUGGAUGGCGAAGCCAGCGUUCAAUACUGCUUGCAGCAUGACGGCUAUCAUCCUCUUCAUCGUUGUUGUCAAAGAAGGCGGAGUGCAGACCCUGCUCCAGGUGUCCUUCAUCGUACUAUGCGGCGCGAUAAUUUCCAACACUAUAUGCGCGUUCCUCUGGCCGCAGCGUGCAACAAAGAACUUGCAAGACUCCAUGACGCGAACGCUGCAGUCAUUUUCCACGCUUUUGCAGAUGCUCACGGAGACGUUUCUCCUCGAGGAGCCGCUGCACCACCUUAGCGGCGAGAAGUUGCAGAAGGCGGCAGAGAGCCACCAGGCGAGCUUCACGAGCCUCAAGAAACACUUUGUGGAUGCUCAGUCCGAAUGGAUGUUCGGGGGACCGAAGAAAGCGCGCGGGAACGAGGCGCAUGACAUCCGAGAAAGCGCUGGACAAGCGUAUGAAGAUGCAAUCGGCAGCCUCAACAGACUUGGGCAACAUCUCAAUGGUCUUCGAAGCGGCACCACCUUACAGUCCGAGCUGAUCAAGGCCGAGAGCGAUGGGCGGGUGGUACUGAAGAAUCGGUCCGUGAAGCCGCGCAAGUCUUCUCGCAUCCUUGAAGGCCUCGCUGUGGAUGGUCAAUACAAAGAGGAAGCUCUUUCUGCUGUGCCCGAGGGCGAUGAGGAGGCUGCUAUCCUGCAAGCUGCAGCUACAAUGUUCGGCGACUUGAUGGACGAUCUCGGGCCUCCUCUCAAAGCGCUAUCUGCAACCUGUACGACGACGCUCAAGCGCUUGCGCGAAGCUGUCGCCCAGCCGAGCGCUGCUGCUCCAGGUGGCCCCGUUCAGCCACUCGAGUUCCAACAGCUCAUGGACAACAUCCAACGUGCCUUGUAUACGUUCGAGAGCACAUCAAAUCAUGCUGUUAUGCGCCUUUACAGGAGCCACAACAUGUCAGGCUUACAGUCCAGGGACUCUUAUAGUGCGGUGUCGGAUGACAACCAGCUUCUCACGGGGGGUGACGGGGAGAGCGUCUUCCUGGUGUACUUUUUCAUAUUCACGUUGCAGGAAUUCGCGAAGGAGCUUAUCUCCCUUGUGGAUGCCUUACAGCGAUUAUAUGUCGCUGAGAAGGCGAGAAAGGCACGGCAAAGUUGGUGGGGACGUUUGAGUGGCAUGUUCACGAGAACAUCAUGGCGGCGUACCCGAGAGAGACAGCCCACUAACCUCCGCAACCGCAUUUCUGCAUACUUUCUACCAGAGAGCCGCAACAAUAACGUGUCCUUCCCGAAGAUCAGACCUCAUGCACCGAACACCAUCCAGACCCCAGCGCCGGCAGACCUCACGACCGUCGGCAGAAUCAAGCGUGCGUUCUGGGAGCUCGGAGCGCGACUCAUGGAGCCAGAUGUCAAGCACGCCUUUAAGUCUGGCAUGGCGACGGCAAUCCUUGCUGCACCGGCUUUCAUCGAUUCGACACGGCCGUGGUUCGUACACUACCGUGGAGAGUGGGCCUUGAUCUCGUUCUUCGUAGUCAUCUCUCCCACAAUCGGAGCUACAAACUUCCUUGCUAUGCAUCGGGUCUUAGGGACGCUGUUGGGUGCUACGACUGCCGCGUGCAUCUGGACCAUAUUUCCCGAGAAUCCGUACGCCCUGUCGAUCUUCGGAUUCUUGUUUUCCAUUCCCUGCUUCUAUUACAUCGUCUCCAAGCCCCAAUACGCCACCUCAGGAAGAUUUGUCCUACUAACCUACAAUUUGACGUGUCUUUACUGCUACAACCUUAGGCAGAAGGACAUUUUAGUGACCGAGGUCGCAUUUCAUCGUGCGCUUGCUGUCAUCGUCGGUGUAAUCUGGGCUGCAAUCGUUUCGCGAUAUUGGUGGCCGACUGAGGCGCGACGUGCGCUUGGCAAGGCUCUUGGGGAAUUUUGCCUUAACAUGGGCUGGCUAUAUACGCGUUUGGUAGCAUUCAAUUCCUUUGCAGAGCCUGAGCAGUAUCUCAGUCACGAUGAAGAUGAGACUGAUGAGAGGAUGAGGCUGCUACGACCGACGGACAACCAGAAUUUGAUGGAUUCCAUCCAUCACUUCAUGGCCAUGGAACUGCAUCUGCAAAUCAAGCUGAUCGAGCUUCAAGGUUUGUUGUCACAAGCUCAGCACGAGCCUCGCUUGAAGGGGCCUUUCCCUGUGGGACUGUAUCGGUCCAUCCUCACCAGCUUGCAAACUAUACUUGAUAAACUGCACAGCAUGCGGUGUGUGACAUCUCGCGAGGAAUGGCAUACGACCGUUCGUCGAGACUUCAUCUUGCCUGUGAACAAGGAGAGACGAGAGAUGGUUGGCAACAUCAUUCUCUACUUCUCAACCUUGGCUGCAGCCUUCAGACUGAAGUCGCCGCUGCCGCCGUAUCUUCCUCCCGCAGAAGAAGCGCGUCAGCGUCUCGUUGAUGCUAUAAGAAAGCUGGACGUUGUCAAGAACCGAGACGUCAGGGGGUCAAGACAACUGCUAUUCUUCGCGUACGCUCUCACAAUGAAAGGCGUCAUUCAUGAACUCGAUUACCUCGGCCAUACAUUGCAGGACGCCUUCGGUGUCAUUGGAGAGUCCAGAGAGGAGUUUGAGGCGUUAUUCAGGGAGGCCGCGACAGAUACGCCAGACGCCUCCCGCGCUGUCUGA